AUGUCCUCAAAGGAACUGGACGAAUCACCCUCCCCCUCGACCUCGUGCUCGUCCUCUGAGACUGGGGUUGUCGUCAAGUCGCACCUCGAAGAUGGUGGCCGCGAGGCAUGGAUGACGCUCGCCGGCGCCUUCUGUGCCAUGUUCGUCCAGUUUGGCCUCAACAACGCCUUCGGUGUCUUCCAGGCCUACUACCAAACCCACCAAUUAUCAAACUACACCUCAGACGCAGUCGGCUGGCUCGGGGGUAUCCAGCAGUUCCUCUUCCUCUCUGGCGGGCUAGUCACUGGCCGCCUGCUCGACGCGUAUGGACCACACAUCUGCAUUGUGCCCGGAUCGAUCCUCCUCGUCGCGUCUCUGAUGAUCACAUCAGUUUGUACAAAAUACUAUCACUUCAUGCUUGGCCAAGCUGUUCUCUUCGGCAUCGGCGCCGCCCUCAUCUUCACCCCCGUCAUCGCCUUGCCGAACCAACACUUUCCCCGUCGGAGGGCCAUGGCCGGCGCACUGGCCAUCAGCGGCAGUGGUCUCGGCGGCUUAUGUUGGCCUAUCAUCCUCCAGCGCCUCAUUUCUCAAGUCGGUUUCGGCUGGGCCCUCCGUAUCUCUGGCUUGAUUUCAGCCAUCCUCCUAGCUUUAGCAUGCGCAUUAAUCCGUCCCCGAUUCCCAUCCCGUCAAGCUACCCCGUUCCUCCAAACCCUCACAUGCUUCAAAGACCCCAACUGGCUCCUCUUGUCAUUCGGCACCUCCCUCGCCUCGGCAGGAUGUUUCAUGCCCUCCUUCUUCAUCACCCUCCGCGCAACCCAACUCGGCGCCGGCAAUCUCGCAUUCUACACCCUCUCCAUCCUCCUCGGCGCGUCCAUGGUUGGCCGCCUUGCAGCCUCUCUCGGUGACAUUACCGGCCGCUUCAAUCUCAACAUUUUGGCUACUGCCGCUGUUGGCAUCCUCAUCCUUACGUUCUGGGUCCCACUGCACAACUACAACCAACUCCUUGGCUUUGCCGUUGCGUUUGGCCCUUUCUUCGGGCUGCUGUUCUCUCUCAACUCACCAUGCAUGGCCCAGAUUAGCACGCCGGACCAGGUCGGCUCCCGCACCGGUCUCAUGUUCGCCCUCAACGCACCUUUCAACCUCGUCGCUGUCCCGAUUGCCGGCGCAAUCGUUUCCGCACACCCAGGAGAGGCUGGGUUCCGCUUGGCCGGCGUGUUCGGCGGUUGCCUCUGCCUAGCGGGCGCGGGGCUAAUCCUCGGCACACGGCUGCGCAUCGACCCCAGGUUAACAGCUAGGAUUUAG